AAUGGUGAUGGGCUGGAUGGCUGGGAUGUUGUUCUUUAUGUGCUAAAGAACCACUUUCUCAAAGCACUUCAGAAUAGAGGUGCUGGAGGUAAAAGAGUAAAUAAGAGUUCCUGCAGUGCUGCUGCAGUGUUUCUGGGUCUGCUGUGUCUUCUCCUCCUGACUGGACUCAUAACUCUGGUUUUCCUGUUCACCAAAGGCAAGUCUGAGUGGGAAAUGGAGAUGGUCCUGUUACACACCAGUUACAACAACUUGACCAAAGAACUAGACCAGCUUCAGACCAGUUACAACAACCUGACUAAAGAGCAAGACCGCCUCCAACAAAGAGUUGAAAACAUAACCAUGGAGACAAAUGAUCUUCAGAAAAAUCUUCAAGAUUGUGACCAACUAGGAUGGGUGUAUUUCAACAGGAGUUUCUAUUACAUUUCUUUACUGAAGAAGUCCUGGCAAGACAGUAGAGAUGACUGUCUGCAAAGAGGGGCAGACCUGGUGAUUAUCAACAGCAAAGAAGAACAGAAUUUUACAAGUCAAUUCAAGAGGCUCACAUGGAUUGGACUGACCAACAAAGUUAAAGAGGUGACAUGGAAAUGGGUGGAUGGGACUUCGCCGACCACAAGCUUCUGGGCCAAAGGUCAGCCAGGUGGUGGAAAAGAUAGAAACUGCACAAAAAUAAUAAGCUCCAAUUUGGACAACAACUGGAAUGAUGAAUUGUGUAAUCUUCAAAACUUCUGGAUCUGUGAGAAGAGACUGCCUGUAUAACUCAGCAUCCAAACCUACAAGACAAUGAUAUCAAUGACAAGGAGAUACUUUGUUGUAUUUCCAGAUUCAGCUAACAACACUAACAUAAUGCUAAGCAAGCUGCUGUAUAAACAAAGUGUCUCAUUAACAAACAUAACUGUAGAAAUAUUCAGCUUGGUUCACUGCUUUGAAUGUAAAAACUGAUAUGUAUUUGUGUUGCUGGCUGAGCUAGACUCACCUUAUUGUGACCCUGUGACCUUACCAUGAUCUGCAACCUUUUCAUCACAAGCCUAUGAGCUGCUGCUGAAGUUACAUCCAAUUGGACCCUUCUGCAGUAAACAAUUAAUAUCCAAUGCCAAUAUCUAGUGCCAAUGCAGAAAACAUUGUGCUCUUUAGAUAGUGAGGUGUAAAGUGAGUGUAUGUGGGAAGGUCGGGGUGGUGGAUGGGUUGUAACGCGUCUGACAUUCAUGCUGGUGACCAGAGUCCUGUCCCGUCACAGGCACUCAAUUAAUGUUCACUAAAAAACUAAUCACCAACUUGUUUCAUAACAUUAACCUUGCCUCCCUGAUGUACUGACAAACAUCUGCUUAAUGCUUUUCUUUGUUACAAUCAAACAUAAAGUAUGAUAGUAUAAAUAUAAAGUGUUUUCUAUAACUGUGUGAGUAUUUCUGUAAAUAGUCCAUCUUGUCACAUUUUAUUCUUUAUUUCCCAAAUUCAUAUUCAAUUUUAACUCUGUAUUUUAGAUUUUUCUGUGAUUAACUGCUUUCAGUUCAUUUAUGUCAGUUACGCAACAGUCUUAGUUUUGU